CUGUCAUGGCUUCCUGAGCAAAUGGACGUUCUGGACUAUUGCGGUAUUCAAGAAUUACAACAUUUUUUGGCUUACUUGAGCACAAAUAGGGUUUUUGACAACAAAAUUUUGUGGUAAGAUAAGUCAUUAUGGCGGGAAGCAGCACUGCGCAGAAAACGUGGGAGAUGUCUAACAGCAUGCAGGAAGUUCAGAGUAUAGAUGAAAUUUACAAGUAUGAGAAAAAACAACAACAGGAAAUCCUCGCUGCUAAGCCAUGGACAAAGGAUCAUCACUACUUCAAGUACUGCAAGAUAUCAGCUUUAGCCUUAUUGAAGAUGGUGAUGCAUGCCAGGUCUGGAGGAAACCUAGAGGUGAUGGGCCUCAUGCUGGGGAAGGUGGAUGGUGAAAGCAUGAUCAUCAUGGACAGCUUUGCCUUGCCCGUGGAGGGCACAGAAACCCGAGUCAACGCUCAGGCUGCAGCGUAUGAAUACAUGGCUGCCUACAUAGAAAACGCCAAACAGGUUGGCCGGCUGGAGAAUGCUAUUGGCUGGUACCACAGUCACCCAGGCUAUGGAUGCUGGCUUUCGGGCAUCGAUGUCAGCACUCAGAUGCUUAACCAGCAGUUUCAGGAGCCUUUUGUAGCUGUUGUGAUUGACCCCACUCGGACUAUUUCUGCAGGGAAAGUCAACCUUGGCGCCUUCAGAACCUACCCAAAGGGUUACAAGCCUCCUGAUGAAGGACCCUCUGAAUAUCAGACAAUCCCUCUGAACAAGAUUGAAGACUUUGGUGUACACUGUAAACAGUAUUACGCCUUGGAGGUAACUUAUUUCAAGUCCUCCCUUGAUAGAAAGCUCCUGGAACUUCUUUGGAAUAAAUAUUGGGUCAAUACCUUAAGCUCCUCCAGCCUCCUCACGAACUCAGACUACACCACAGGCCAGGUGUUCGACCUGUCAGAGAAGCUGGAGCAGUCAGAGGCCCAGCUGGGCAGAGGCAGCUUCAUGCUCGGCUUGGACACCCACGACAGGAAAUCUGAGGACAAACUGGCUAAAAUGACUGACAGUAGCUGCAAGACAACCAUUGAGGCAAUUCACGGCCUGAUGUCGCAAGUUAUUAAGGACAAACUCUUCAAUCAAAUCAACACAUCUGCCAAUUAAUUGGAUCUCACCUGGAGAUAUUGUCUUGUGCAUGUCUAGCACUUAUUGGUUUGACUGCUAAAGUUAGCAGUCAAACCAAUAACUACCAUUUUUUUCUUUUGUCCUAGAGUCAGCUAAGAAAUACAGUUGGGACUUGUGCAAAAAAUAAAACAAUGAAAGUACUGAA